AGAAAAGGGUCUAGUCACCAGCCCCUGAGGCUGAUUUUUCCUAGCAUCCUAAGAGGUAGGCUGAGCUCACUCUCGCAGUGCGAGCUCUGGGAAGAGAGAGCAGCUGCUACAUGGCAGAAAGGGGACAUUCGCCAGCUUCCCAGGCAGCAAACUAGAGCGCAGACAGCCCUGCCCAGCCUCGCAGCACUGUUCAGCGUGGGGCCUUUCCGGGGCAAGUUUCCUGGGAGUGUCCCUCCUCUCCACCCACACAGCAAAGUCUCCAGUUUUCCAACAGAUGUCUCUUUGGCAGCUCUGAAGUCCAAGUACACACUGGAUGCAGCGCAGAGUCCCGGGCGCGCUGCUGCGGUUGGGGGACACCAGCAGGCAAAUGCCAGCACCAGCAUGAGAGGCUGGUCUUCAGCCCAGGUCGGUGCUCAGCCCGGGGGCCCGCUGCCUGGCCCGCUGCCUGGCCGGGUGCAUCUGAGAAGAGCCGCUCACUUUGCCCCCUCAGGAGUCUUUGUUCCAAGCCAGGCAUUGCUGGGAUUCUUGCUGCUUUAACUCCCUCCACUCCAAAGGGGUCCAGUUCGGAGGCUGGGAUGCUCUGCCCUCUCAAAGGAUGCUGACCCUGGAGUGGGAGUCGGAAGGACUGCAAACAGUGGGUAUUGUUGUGAUUAUAUGUGCAUCUCUGAAGCUGCUCCACUUGCUGGGACUGAUUGAUUUUUCGGAAGACAGCGUGGAGGAUGAGCUGGAGAUGGCCACCGUCAGGCAUCGGCCUGAGGCUCUUGAGCUGCUGGAAGCCCAGAGCAAGUUCACCAAGAAGGAGCUCCAGAUUCUUUACCGAGGAUUUAAGAAUGAAUGCCCCAGCGGUGUUGUUAACGAAGAAACCUUCAAAGAGAUUUACUCACAGUUCUUUCCACAGGGAGACUCUACAACGUAUGCACAUUUUCUGUUCAAUGCGUUUGACACAGACCACAAUGGAGCUGUGAGCUUUGAGGAUUUCAUCAGGGGUCUUUCCAUUUUGCUCCGAGGGACAGUACAAGAAAAACUCAACUGGGCAUUUAAUUUGUAUGACAUAAAUAAAGAUGGUUACAUCACUAAAGAAGAGAUGCUGGAUAUCAUGAAGGCAAUAUAUGACAUGAUGGGUAAAUGCACAUAUCCUGUCCUCAAAGAAGACGCUCCCAGACAACACGUGGAGACAUUUUUCCAGAAAAUGGACAAAAAUAAAGAUGGAGUUGUUACUAUAGAUGAGUUCAUCGAAAGUUGCCAAAAAGAUGAAAACAUAAUGCGCUCCAUGCAGCUCUUUGAAAAUGUGAUUUAACUUGUCAAAUCCAUCCUCAGACAAAUGUGAAUGAUCCUACCACACAAGUGGGAGCUGCCACUUUUAGCAUAGACUGCUCGGCUUGACACUGAGGCAUAUUAUGCAAACCAGCUUUGUUUUCAUAUGAAGCAGUCCCCAAAAGAUUUGAGUUCUCCAUUUUUCAAUUUGCCUCCUUUUCAUAAUGCAAAUUUCAUGGGAUGGUCUAAGUCAUUUCACACCCUGUGGAUAUUCAAAAAUAAUAGAAUCUGGCAUAUAGGUUUACUGAUACUUUAGCCAUGGGAUCAUUGAGGCUUUCACAUUAUCAGUGACUUUAAAAUGUUUUCUGCUGCUCCUUUGUAGGUAUUCAACCCCAGGAUUUUAAAUGGUUUUCUACAAUGUUGGCAUCUGCAUUUAAUUUCCAGAAAUUAAUUUCCAGGUUUGUGUGCUGUAAUUCCACUGUGUACUUAAGUGAACAAGACUACCACACUUUAAGAAAGCAACAGUCCCAGUUCCUAUGAAUUUGCUGCCUCCACUUAAAAGACAUUCAUCUAUCUGGCGGUUUUUUAAAUAGUAUGAAACAAAUUAAUUCAUCACCAGAUGUCCAUAUAUGCCGAAUAGCUUAUUUAAUAAGCAUUUCUUAAUUUUUCAUAAAUACAUAUCAAGACAAGGCCUAUAUGAUGUUUA